UUUCUGUUGAAGCUACUUGUAACUUUUAUGUGUGUGUUUCACUCUAGCACUAAAAAUACAGAUCUGCAUGCGUAUCUUUAUGGGGACGUUAUUAUUGGAGGUCUUUUUCCCGUUCACGAAAAAACCAACAGAACAAAAGCUCCUGGUCCAAUAUCUUGUGAAGAGUAAGUAUGCCCUCGACAAAAACUCAAUUUACAUAGCUAGAAAAUGUACUGUUUAUUUCAUGCCUUCUUUUGCAGGUUUAGCAUCCAAACAUUCCUACGUACCCAAGUGAUGAUCUACUCUAUCCAAGAGAUAAACCAACGAACGCCGAGACUGCUGCCCAACCUCACCCUUGGAUAUGACAUUUAUGAUACUUGUGGAGAUGUCAGCCUCGCCAUCAGAGCAACUCUGCAGCUGCUGAAGGACCAAUCAGAUCCUCAGAGGUGUCUCAUACCUGCAUCCAUCAAUUCCUCCUUGCCCGAACCUGAGACGAAGGUGGUUAUUGGAGAGAGAUACUCUGAGCUAUCCAUAGCAGUUGCAAGGGUACUUGCUCUACCAUCAGUCACACAGAUUAGCUAUGCUUCAACCAGUGAGGAGCUCAGCAUAAAAUAUAAGUUCCCCACCUUCCUGCGGACUGUUUCCAGUGACAAACAUCAGACGAAAGCCAUUUAUGAGCUGGUGAAGAAUUUUUCAUGGCAAUCAGUGGCCAUUGUGGGAAGCACUGAUGAAUAUGGGAAGUAUGGAACCGAUAGUCUCCGAGAGCUCUUCAGGGACAAUAAUAUCUGUGUUGACUUUGUGGAGAUUCUCCCUGAUACCUUCAACAAAAACUGUUCAACGGCAAGACAUCUGCUGGAAAAAAUAGAAAAUUCUACCGCUGAGGCCAUCAUCAUGUUCACCAAAGACACCAACGUUCAAAUCAUCUUUGAAGCAGUUAUUGAAAAAAAUCUCAACAGAACCUGGAUAGCAAGUGACACCUGGUCCACUUCUUCUACAAUCUCUGAGAUGAAAGGAAUCAAAAGCAUUGGUCCAGUUUUUGGUUUUAUUUUUAGACAGAAGGAGGUGCCGGGCUUUAAAGAUUACGUCACCUCAAUGUUUAAUGGAACUACAAACAACAUUUUGAGUUAUCAAGUUUUCACAAACGGCUCCAAAGAUGACAUGAAAUGUAACUGCAAGAAUAAGGCAUCCGACCCAAGCUGUUUGUACUGCCACAUUGACCAUGAUGAAUCCUACAACAUCUACAUGGCUGUCCAGGUCAUUGCUGAGGGCCUCAGAAUCCUACUAAAAUGUAACAAUCAAAGCUGCGAACGGACCAAGUUUACUGCUGUUGAGCUUUUUCAUGUAAUCAGGAAUGUCAACAUCACUGUGAAUGACACAAAUAUCUACUUCGAUGAAAACGGAGAUCCCAGUUUGGGAUACGACAUAUUGUUUUGGAACACAUCUAAGUCCAAAGAAGGCGUUGAGAAAAUAAAAAUCGGAGAAUACUGGCCAAAUAAAAACAUUUCAUUUAACAAAGAUGUGUCACAAUGGAGAACCACUGGAAAUGUCUCUGUUUUUAACUGCUUCAGAACAUGUCAACCAGGACAAAGAAUGAAAUCACAAAAUGGAAAAUGCUGCUAUAAAUGUGUUAACUGUUCAUCUCAAGAGUCUUCGUAUGGAAAUGACACUUCCUGCAAAUCAUGUGCCAAUCACCAGUUCUCACCAGCAGACCAUAGAAAUACUUGUGUGAAUAAAACUGAUGAGUUUCUCGAGUGGUCAGACCCCUUCUCCGUCAUUCUGAUCACUGUGGCUGUCAUUGCAAUAAUUGCUACGGUAGCUAUUGCUGUCAUCAUCAGGAUCAACUGUGGGACUCCCAUUGUUAAGGCAAUUGGAGGCUGCUUGUGUUUCCUGGAGGUGGUCUCGUUGCUCCUCGCCUUCUGCGUAAUCUUCACCUUUAUAGGAAAACCCACACCAAAUUCCUGUGUAGGCAUUCCUGUCUUUGGUAUAAGUUUCUCUAUCUGUAUCUCCUGCAUCCUGGCCAACUUAAUUCAGAUCUUAGUGGGUUUUAGCUUUGACCCAACAGUUUCAUCCACAAUUAAGAAACUUAAUCAUCCAGUUGCUGUGGUUGUCAUCAUCUCUGGUGUGCAGUUUGGUGUGUCGCUGGCUUGGUUAAUCGUUCUCCCACAUAGUCCUGUGGAAGUGCCAAAAGAAUUCACAAUAUUGUACCAAUGUAACAUGUCCGAAGAGUCCAAAAAGUUUUUUGUAGCCACAAUAGUCUACAACUCUUUCUGGGGCCUUGUGUGUUUUGUCUUUGCAUUCAAAGGUAGACAGCUACCCGACAUUUACAAAAAUGCCUCAUUGAUCACAGUGAGCAUGGUGCUGUUUUUAAUCAUAUGGAUUGUUUUCCUCCCAAUUUAUCUCACUUUGGAGGGAAAGUACAAACCAGCUAUAAAAAGCGCAGCCAUUUUGAUCUCUUGCAUCAGCAUCCUUGGCUGUCACUUGGCCCCCAAGUGUUACAUUAUGUUGUUCAGGAAAGAGAUUAAUAAUCAGAAUGCUAUCAGUGAAUAUAUUAGGAAACAUUAUGAGAGGAAGGAUUUGUCCGUGAUAUCGUCAUGAUUAUCCAUGCUUGGUUGUAGAUUAAUUGCAAAAUAAUACAAUUGGAAUCAGAUAGUGGGAUACUAUGUAUGCAAAAAAAACAACAACAUUAAAUCAGUCCAAUUUAUGCCAAUUUUAGGGCGGAAAAAUUAAAUUAUUUGUAUCUAGUAAAUGCAGAAAAAAGAAGCAGGACCCUUUGGUUGUCAUAAAUAUUGGAUUCUAAGGCACUGAAACUAACCAAUUCAUACAUUUACAGCUUAUUGUUGUAUUGUUGCUUUUCCAACAUUGACAAAUUGAAAUCUGGAAGAGACUUCAUAUUCUGUUCCAGAUGGGGUAAUACUAUUUUGUUAUUACCCCCAACAAAAUGGCAAUAAGUAUGUUUUAUUGUAAAUACAUUGGCAAACAUAAUCAAUAAACAGCUGGUUUGUAAUGUAAUUUGUAUGCAUAAAACUACUGUUUUAACAUGAACAUUUAUUUUAAUAUAGAAUAUUUCAUACCACUGCUAUAAUUUAAUUUCAUUUGCUAAAGUUGAGUGCAGUGAAAUGGCAAAUGAAAAGCCUUUGCUUAAGGGAGUAGUCGCUUUUUAAAAUGAGGUUGUUUUAAAUCUGCUUAUAAAUGUUUUUUUAUUAGAAGUUAAAAUGUUAUAACAGUGUCACCUGUAUCAUUUGAAAAAUAUGUUUUGUGUUUUAAACCCUACUUAGCACCUGAAAUAAAUAUCGAAUGAGCUAAACAUAUGCAAAGAUGUACAUAAAGGUUGACUUUGAAAAAUAAACAUUGAGCUUGUGGGUAAUGGGAAGGGGAGUGGGGGGAAAACAGAUUCUUAUGCAUUUACUAUUUCUAUCUAUAAAAUCACAGCCAUUUAUAAUCAAAGGUGUUUCUUUUGGAGUAACAGCUGGAUAUGUUAUCAUGCCUUCAAUCAGAUGAAUUAUAGCAGGAUUAACAUUUUGACAAUUUUCAUUUAAUUCAAUUUCACUACAUGUCUAUGUUUUGAUAAAAUCAUCAUAGCAUAAAAAGCUACCAUCUUCUUCAUGAGCUGUAGAACACCUUGGUUGGAAAGUUGCUUUUGUUGUUCCAAAUCAGGAUCAAAUGUCAUGAAAUAGACAGUGGUCAUUGGUCCAUCCAGGCUAGGUCACCAGUCCAAAGCAGGGCAACAUGGACACACAGGACAAACAACAUUGCACAUACUCAUGUCUAAAGACAAUUUAGAGACCAAUUAUCCUAACAGUGAUGUUUCUUGAUUUUUGAAACCUGAAAAUAAAAAUAAAAUGGUGGUUCUUUCAAAAUGAUGGGAAAUUUGCUGUAGUAGAUAAUGUUUGUGCCAUUAUAAAUGCCACUAUGAAUGUGCUGUGCUUCCUGUAAAUAAAUGAGAAAUUUUGCUGGCA